AUGCUGACUUGGGUACGCGAUAACCUCAAAAGCCUCAAACCGAAGAACUUUUACGAAAGAUAUUCCUACUCGCACACCUCACGGAAGCAUGCCGAAGAAAAAUUGCGAGAGUUAUUAACGGCAAUCAAGAAUGAGAACAAUAGUUACAAUCGCAAGUUGGCGAUUUGUUUCCUAGAUAGUUUCGAGCCGUGGACGCAGUCAAUCGACUGUGAGAAGUAUUGGUUGAAUGUAGAAGUCUUACUCCGCAGGUCGGCACACGAAGUGUUAGGACGAAAUUCAGCGUAUGAAACGAUCAAAAACUUCGUUAAGAAGAUUAAUGACGAAGAAGAGACUCUGGAUGAAUUCCAACCGCCAUCAAAAAGGUUUAAGGAGGAUGAACAGUCACAUACUCCAGAAAAUAAGAUCAGAGCCGUCAGUUAUGGAAUGUUUCCGAAUGAAAGCUCACCCGGGAUGACGACGACUUCGUUGUAUGUGCCAUCUUCUCCCGAUUCCAUUACUAGCGAAGACUUUAUAAAGACAGAAAAGCACAGUUACCUAGUGGUUAAAAAAUGCGAAUCCAUGGCAGUCAUCCUGAGUGCUAUUGAGGAACUGGCUUUAAGCCAUGUGUUUGUUUUUCAGGAAGAAAGCCCCCACGGACUGUGCGAAUAUUUCGACGAUGAAUUAUGGGAAGAGCUUUUUGUUGAGUUUCGAAAACUGUAUCCGUACGCAUCAAUCCCGGAAAAGAUUUAUGAUUUGUCAUCAAACAUUAUUAAGAUCGCGUCCGAGGGACUAAAUUACAAAGAACGUCAAACAAUUGCAAGGCGCUACUUACGAUCUUUUGAGACCACAACUGAAGAAGAAGAAAUAAUGAUAGAAAUAUUCAGUGGCUUGGUUAACAAUGAGCAUUUCUUGUUUAUGAGAAAUAAUAACGUUGAGGACACCCACGCUAUUCAAAACGUCAAUUCGAUAAUAGUAAGGCCCUUUUUCAAGAGUAGUAGAAAAAUUACUUUUGAAGGGGCGAACAAAAUGUGUGAGUCAUCCGCAAUUGCCAAAAGACGCUUUGAUCCUGUUCUUCUGGGCACGAAGCCAGAUUUCACCGUCAUGACGACAAAUCCUAAGAAACAUGUUGAGUUGCUCAUUGGUGAGGUAAAACCACAGAAAACGAGAGAUGCACUUGUUUCGGAGGAUCUUGUCUCUCUUGGAAAAAUGAUGAAGAACGCCUUAGAUAAAUCAAUUAAGGAUGGCAUAGAUGAUCUGGUCAUUUGUGGCCUGCAGGUGAUUGGGUUCGUUGGAAGAGCCUACGUGAUGGACCUCCGGUUUGAAGGGAUUUAUCGCAUGAUAUUGAUUGGAGAGUUUGAGCUUCCGAGGGGUUUCACGUCAUGGGGUUCUGUCUUGCGGUGUUAUAGGGUCCUGAACACAAUUCGGGUUAUGGUCAAUAAUAUGGCUACUUUAUACCAGUCUGCUAUAAGAAUGAACAUCAAACAAACGCAAUCAGAGAAGAUAAAAUUGAUCAAGCCGAUUCCUAAAUUGUGGACAGAAUCCAAGAAGAGUCUUUUAACUUACAGACUAUACGACUAUGCGGUAAAUUUAUUGCAACAAAAUGGAUACGAUAGGUAG